UAAACCUAGCAGUAGCCCUUUCACGACACAUGCGCCUGCAGGUGGGGCUGCUAGAUGCCGACGUGUUCGGCCCCUCACUGCCCAAGCUACUCGGCCUGGCCACUGCCGGCCGCCCCCAGCUGGCGUCACCCUCCCCCAACGCGCGCAUGCUGCCACUGCAGGCACACGGCGUGCUCUGCAUGUCCAUGGGCUUCCUCAUGCCUGCUGACGUGGCGGCCGUGUGGCGCGGGCCCAUGGUGAUGGCGGCAGUGGAGAAGCUUGUAAGGGGGACGGAGUGGGGGCGGCUGGACGUGCUCGUGGUGGACAUGCCGCCCGGCACGGGCGACGUGCAGCUCAGCAUGAGCCAGCGGGUCAGGCUAUCAGGGGCGGUGGUGGUGUCGACACCGCAGGACCUAGCACUGAUGGAUGCCCGGCGGGGAGUGACCAUGUUCCGACAGGUCAACGUGCCGGUGCUGGGCGUGGUGGAGAACAUGAGUUACUUCACCUGCUCGGCCUGCUCCCACCGCUCAAACAUCUUCGGCCAUGGAGGCGCCAGACAGGCUGCUGCUGACCUGGAGAUCGAGUUCCUCGCAGAGGCCACUUCUUCCCUCUCCACCACCACUCCCCUGCCUUCUCCUCCAACCCCUCCAUCCUUGCCCACCCCCCUGCCCUCUUGUCACUCACUAUUACUUGCCCUGGACCCCCUGUUCCUUACACUCUUGUGCCUUCCCCAUGCCAUGUGCUCAUGCACGCACAGCCACUGCCAUGCCACGUCCUCCCUCCUCACACUCCCUUGUGCCAUUCUGCCCACCUCCGCCCCAUGUGCCUCUUGCGAUAGACUCGCAAAAUCUUGUUCCACUCGUCAUGCCGUUGCUUCCCCUAUUUUCUCUCCCAACCUUCCCCACUUCCCCCCUUCCCACCUCCGCCCCUUCCCCCCUUCGCCUCUUUCUCCCCCCGUCCCCAUUUUCCCUUUCCCCUUUCUUCCUCCCUUCCUUCCCCCCUUCCCCCCUUCCUUCUCGCCCCCUUCCUGCCUCCCCCCUUCGCCGUUCUCACCUUCCCCACUUCCCCCCUUUCCCCUUUUUUCCCCCUUCCCCCACUCCCCUUCUUCCCCCUUCCCCUCUUCCCUCAAUCCGCUUCUUCACCCCUUCCCCCUCUCCCAGGUGCCUCUCCUGCCGUCCAUCCGCAGUCGCUCAGACAGCGGCCUCCCCGUUGCUCUCGGCGCCUCUCCUGCUGCUGCUAGCGGGAGAGACGGUGGGGCGGCAGACAGUGGGGCGGCUGAUAGUGGUGCAGCAGCAGGCGGGGCGGCAGAAGGUGGAGGAGCGGCAGAGGAAGGGGCAGAUGCAGGGAGUGGUGGGGCGGAGGCAGCGGUGGUUGCGACAUAUGAGGGCAUGGCGAGGAGGGUGUGGGAGAAACUGGAGGAGCAAGCACAGCCGCGGCGUGCUUCCAAGCGGUCUCAAUUUCUUGCGUGCAUGGCGGCUCCUCGCGUGCACUCGGCGACGCACGGACGGCUUGCGUACUCCCGGCCGUCCCUCGGCCUCCCCGCGUUCCGCGACGUCGUCGCUGCGUUCGGCCUCUUCGACGGCUCCGCGUGCUCCCCGCAGGUGAUGGUGAAUCCCGCGCGCACCCCGCAGGUGAUGGUGACUCCCGCGCGCACCCCGCAGGUGAAUCCCGCGCGCACCCCGCAGGUGAAUCCCGCGCGCACCCCGCAGGUGAAUCCCGCGCGCACCCCGCAGGUGACUCCCGCGCGCACCCCGCAGGUGACUCCCGCGCGCACCCCGCAGGUGACUCCCGCGUGCGCUUGCGCUGAUGCUACGCCAUCCCACUAUGCCCCUCUCCCCGCUACCCUCUCCCAUCUUCCCUCUGAUCACCACAUCGGGCAUCGUUUCCUACUCCGCUAUUGCCCCUCUCCCCUGCACUCCCCUCUGUGUCCCCUGCCUCGCACGGCUCGUCAGAUCACCCCAGGGGGCGUGGUGUCCUGCACGUGCCACGGAUGCCAACAAUGGAAGAAUUUCACUGCUGGCAGGCUGAGCUGGCCUGCCACGUGGCAGGCAGCCACUGGAGCAGGUGACGAUGGGACGGGGGAGAGUGAGCAGCUGCAGGAACAUCCUGAUUCUGAGCAGCAGCGUGGGGGGUGCACAAUUGGAGUGAUGCCAGCUGUGGGAGUGGGAGUGGCAGGGCAGCGUGGUGCACCGGGCAUGGCAGCAAGGGUGCACUACGAGGUGCUCACACAAGACAUGCUGCUCGCCCUCGCUGCUUACAUCCGGGACCGAGCAGGGCACUACAGGCGCACGAGUGGACUCACAUCCCUCACCGUGCUGGAGGUGAGGUGGGGGCAGGCGAUGGCCUGCUGGCCUGCAACCUGCGGCAGUGCUUCCGAGAGUGGGGCGCAGACGGGGAGGGAGGAGGAGGGUCAGGUGAGGGAGGAGGAGGGUCAGGUGAGGGAGGAGGAGGGUCAGGUGAGGGAGGAGGAGGGUCAGGUGAGGGAGGAGGAGGGUCAGGUGAGGGAGGAGGAGGGUCAGGUGAGGGAGGAGGAGGGUCAGGUGAGGGAGGAGGAGGGUCAGGUGAGGGAGGAGGAGGGUCAGGUGAGGGAGGAGGAGGGUCAGGUGAGGGAGGAGGAGGGUCAGGUGAGGGAGGAGGAGGGUCAGGUGAGGGAGGAGGAGGGUCAGGUGAGGGAGGAGGAGGGUCAGGUGAGGGAGGAGGAGGGUCAGGUGAGGGAGGAGCAGGGUCAGGCAGGUGCUGUAGGUCCCCUCCCCCCACUGCCGCAUCCGUUCCAGGGGGAUGGCAGAUCCCCUCCCCCCCACUGCUGCACCCGCAGCAGGGGGAGGGAGAGGAGAAAAGGGCGGAGAGGAGGGGGGGUCCAGGGGCGGCUGCUCCAGGGGCCAGGGGCCAGGGGCGGCUGCUGA